AUGAGAUCAUGGACUUGCAACGCUGCGCUCCUUGCGGCAAGCCUGGGCGCUGCGGAUGAGGGCAAUGUGAUCACAUGGGGCCCGCUGAGCCUCUCCCGAGACAAUGCGCUUCAGAAUAUGGAAGAGGUGCACAAGUUCAUCCAGGGGAUCUAUUACUCCAGGGCUCCGGAGGCAACCUUCCGGGAGAUCUGGGAGGACGUGACGGAAGGUCUCGCCUUCCUGGAGAACUUGGCACUGGGAUCAACCCCGGCAUUAUGCUUCGCCAUAGGCAUGGAGCUCUACCACUGGUUCUACUUCCGCUGGAAGGACGGGGCGGUCCCACGCGCGGAGGUCGAUGAGUCUGCACAGAUGCGUGCCGCGGUGCUGCUGAGAUGCGGCCUCAAAAGCGCCGGCUGCUUCGAGUCCAUCGAGGAUGCAGCUCAGCAGCCUCCAGAAGCGCAGAUUCGCGGCUUCAUGGAGCGCGGGUGCCACAUCUUCUGGCAGCAGUUGGUCAUGAUCGAGGCAGAAAUCGGAUCUGAGCUUGCGAGGCGUGGAGAUGUACGACCAGCUGCCUGGAUGCUGCGCAACGCCAGUGAGCAUUUCUCGCAGAUGAUGCGCCACCCAUACUUCGCGAGGUUCCCGUGGCAGCGUCCCCACGACAUGAACUACAAUCACGAGAUGUUUCCUUCCCCUGGUCCUGUCUGGCCAAGCAAGAUGCUGCCUAUUGAGAGCUGGCUGGAGGAGCAUUUUACCACCUUCCGUGGCGAGCUUGAUGCUUUGCUCCAGCACGCUGGAUUGUUUGAUGCCCUGCACGAGGCGGAAAGGAAUGCCGAGGGCCAAGACCAUGCCAGAGAUACCGACUGGACGGUGUUGGAAUUGGCGGACACCCGGGAGGAGGAGCCAUGGAAGCUGGCUGCCUGUUCUCAGCUGCCUCGUACUUGUGAGCUCCUGCAGAGAAGGCCCGAGUUCCAGUGCGACCACGCUGCAGCGUACAUCAACCGCAUGCGCCCAGGGGCCUGGAUAAAGCCCCACAUGGGCGGCCCUCCACGGCUGGUUGCACACCUCGGGCACCUCGGUGACAAAGAGGUCACAUAG